UGCCUCCCCUGCAGACAAAACCAUCAUCAUGUGGAAGCUGACCCGUGACGAGACCAACUACGGGAUCCCGCAGCGAGCUCUGCGCGGCCACUCGCACUUCGUCAGCGACGUGGUCAUCUCCUCCGACGGGCAGUUCGCUCUCUCGGGCUCCUGGGACGGCACCCUUCGGUUUUUUUGGGGCCUCUUCAGCGGCACCACCACCCGUCGCUUCGUGGGCCACACCAAGGACGUCCUGAGCGUGGCCUUCUCCUCUGACAACCGCCAGAUCGUUUCGGGCUCCAGGGACAAGACCAUCAAGCUCUGGAACACCCUGGGCGUCUGCAAGUACACGGUGCAGGACGAGAGUCAUUCGGAGUGGGUGUCGUGCGUGCGUUUCUCCCCGAACAGCAGCAACCCCAUCAUCGUCUCCUGCGGCUGGGACAAGCUGGUGAAGGUUUGGAAUUUGGCUAACUGCAAGCUGAAGACUAACCACAUUGGGCACACGGGCUACCUGAACACCGUGACCGUCUCCCCCGACGGCUCCCUCUGUGCCUCCGGUGGCAAGGACGGCCAGGCCAUGCUGUGGGACCUGAAUGAAGGCAAACACCUCUACACCUUGGACGGAGGAGACAUCAUCAACGCCCUGUGCUUCAGCCCCAACCGCUACUGGCUCUGUGCCGCCACCGGACCCAGCAUCAAGAUCUGGGACUUGGAAGGCAAAAUCAUCGUGGACGAGCUGAAGCAGGAAGUGAUCAGCACCAGCAGCAAAGCUGAACCACCCCAGUGCACUUCCCUGGCCUGGUCCGCAGACGGGCAGACCCUGUUUGCCGGCUACACAGAUAACCUCGUCCGGGUGUGGCAAGUCACCAUCGGGACCAGAUGAGGACGUGGUAGCGAGAAACCGUAAAUUUUGUGUACAAAACAGAAAAAAAAUGAAUAAAAGAGUGCUCUAUUGAGCUCGUGGCCA